GCAUGCGAUUUGAAUCUAAGUGCAAGUCAAGCGACAAGUCUGCACGCUACAUUGACCUUUGGAAUGACCGUAGGAGCAUUUUUAUUUGGAAUAUUAAUCGACGCAAGUGGACGUAAAGGAUCAAUUCCUGUUACCAUGAUCAUCGUGUUUUGUGCUUCGAUCGUUUUGUCCUUCGCUCAAACCGUUUUCCUGAUACACUUAUCGAUGUUUAUGCUUGGAUUAGGAUUAGCUGGUAAUAACGUGGUUUUAAGAGUCUAUUUGAUCGAAUUGUUGCCAAUGAAACAUAGAGGCAGUUGCAUGGUUAUUUUGGAUGUGACAGAAGUUAUCGGCUACACGACAGCUUUAGGUGUUUCAUGGUUAAUAAUACCAUCGAUCGUGCAACUUCAAUACAAACGAUUUCGACCAAAUUCUUGGCGAGUCCUUACAGGAUUAGGAGGCAUCCCAAACCUGCUGUUGGCUUGUGUGGUCAGUUUGUUACCGCCAAGCCCUAGGUACUUGCUUCAUCGUCGUCGCCAGGAAGAAGCACUCGCAGUCCUUCAGCAGAUGUAUGCAAUUAAUAACUCGAAGCAUGCCGACACCUAUCCAAUACGCAAUUUCGACAACUGCGUCGAACCCGUUGGUGAUGACGAGGACGAGCGAUACGAUAUAAACAAUUUCGCUCACACAAUACUAGUGUUCUGUGCGAAGUCGUCUAAACAAAUUCGAAAGUUACUUAAAACUCGCUUUAAACGCACUACAAUACUGGGGAUUUUCAUUAGUUUCCUACAAAUUCCCGGAAUCGCAUGGAUGGCGUUGUGGAACACUCGUUUACUUCAGGAAAUGGGAAAAUUUGAAAGUGGAGCAGGAAUAAAUUCAACGUGUACUAUCGCCGUGCAGAGUAUGGCACUGGGGUUUUUGCACGACUGCCGAGAAGUCGAUUCCGAUAGUUUCAGGCUUCUUUUGUAUCUAUCCUUGAGCUACAUAAUCGCAGAAGUCUUUUUGCUGGCUGGAGUCGACGUUGUCGGUAGAAAACUAUUCCUAGUGUUCGCAGGAGUAAUCGGUGCAACAGCGUCGCUUGUCUUAUUAUUUGCUGUUCAUAGUAUAGCGAGAGUUGUCCUUUCCUCGAUUAUACUAGCAACGUACGUAAUUGGCCGCACAACGACAUUGCUGCUCUUAUUGGAAAAUUAUUCUACUGGCUUGAGAGGCACGAUGAUUGGUUUAACAAGAAUACUGCCAUAUUUGAUUGCUUCCUUUAUGAAACAAUUCUUGAACGUGCAAUGCUUUUACACUAUUAUUUUUGUGUCUGCAGUAUUUUUGGGCGCGGCUGUCGCGGGAUCGCAAAUGCCUGACUUGACUCGCUUACCAUUACAGGAAUAAUUUAUUCGCAUCUUUAUUUGUUCAAUUUUCAAAAAACUUGCAAUUGCAGUGGUACCACAAAUAUGUCAGAUGUUCGCGAAUGUUCCGCAUUGAAUACAAAAUUUUAUUUAAGAAUGUCAUUCCGAAUACGAUUUACGAGGUUCAGAAAUAAAUUACACAAUUAAAUGAAUUCGGCUGCUGAAAUUUAGAACAAUAUUAAAUCAUAAGAAGUAUCUUUAAAAAGCGAUUGAUAACUUUGCGUGCUUGUGAUGUAUACUCUUUAAAUUGAAUAAAAUAUACUUAUUCAACAUCAAAUAUACUUCAAAUAUAACUUCAAAUAUACUUAUCAACAUUCGAAUUGUUCCUCAGAAUUAAUGCAAGUGGCGAGAAUCACUGAACGAGUGAAGCCGAUCAUUCUGUAAUUAUAACAGCACUUAUGGCUUGUGAGUUACGCAUUCGCGUGUCGUCCGCUGUUGGUAGCUCGUUAUAAAUCACAUCUUAGUUUUCCUUAGAGGAAAAGAUUACAUAGCAUUAACAAUGGAGAGCGAACUGGCCAUGAAAUUUUUCCUUUCUGAAUAAUACAAUACACAUUGAUUAGAGCAGUGUUUCUCAAACGAUUGGUUACGUACGCGUUGUGGGGGAUCCACGACUUCUCAAACUAUAAAUGGUUUUCGGAAAAGCAUUUUGA